CCUAUGGUGCACGUUUCCCUGAAAAGUGCUAACCGUUACAGGGGGAGAAUCUGCCACUUAUAUACCGCAAGGCUCUGCAGUUUGGUUUUCUAGCUCUUUUCCGCAGGCCAUGGACGCAAGCGUCGAACUUCUGAAGCAGAUCUACCGACGAUCCGAGACGGCAGACCCAGCAAAAUCGUACCUAUUCUUUCCCAUCAAAUGGAACCAAUACAGGAAGAAAGGUAAAAUUGAGUAUGCCUGUGCCUACCUUGCGUCCGAACAUUUGCAAAACGCAGAUAUCCUUGCUGAGAGGGCGGUAAGGCGUGGUAGAUUUACCAAAAGCAGGGACUUUUGGAAAAUGGUCACCGACAUAGAGAUCCAACUCGUAGAAAUUGCUCAGAGCAGCGUGCGUGCCUCUGAUCGCAAGACCUUCAAUUAUGAGCCUCUUCCGUGCAAUAACCCCCCUUGCAACACCUGCGAGCGGCAAUGUUUCUUCUGUAUCGUGUCGAGACGCACUACAAGGAAGAGAUCAAGAGGCAGUUACAAGUGCCAGGUCUGCUAUCUGCGCAAGUCCACGUGUCGCAUACCAAAAGCCCACGUUCCCGUGUAUGCAACUGCAGACGAUGGUUCAUCGGCUGGCGAAGAGGGCGGCGACAGUGGUGAAAAUCAGCUUGAGAACGAAGUUGAAGAAGCCGCUGUCAAUAUGUCUGGAGCUCGGGGCGGUCUGUUGGAGCAGAGCAGUAGCAUGCGCCCUCAAGGAGAAGUUCAUACGUUUGUCUCGCACGGGCGUGUAUUAGGAUCAUUCGAGUGUUAGGACACCGUCGCACACACCGAUUUUGACGACGAGCCGUUGGCCGAGAAGCAAUUGCCUCGAAGAAAUGUACGACGGGACAGCCAGUCCGUAUCGUCGGCACAGACGUAAAUCUGCCGGCCCGUCCUCCUACCGUAUGCAUUUC